CCCACCCGUCGGGCUCCUCGGCGGCUACUGCAGAGGAUUCAGAGCCGAGUCGCUGAGAAGGAGGAGGCUCCCAGUCCCUGCGCGCCAUCCGCCACCUUACUGGACACGGGCGAGGGAGCGAGAGCGUCGCCUCUGUAGCCUUCAGAGAAGACAAGGGCAUCGCCGCUUCAGCUGCCGCCGCCGCCGUUUUCGCCUGCUGCAGCUCGCCGGAUUCUCAGUUGUCCACAAUGAACCCUGUUUAUAGCCCCGUGCAGCCUGGGGCUCCUUAUGGCAACCCUAAGAACAUGGCCUACACAGGUUACCCUACAGCCUAUCCAGCUGCAGCCCCUGCCUACAAUCCCAGCCUGUACCCCACCAAUAGCCCCAGUUAUGCUCCAGAGUUUCAGUUCCUGCAUUCAGCUUAUGCAACUCUGCUGAUGAAACAGGCCUGGCCACAGAACUCGUCUUCCUGUGGCACUGAAGGCACCUUCCACCUCCCAGUGGACACCGGGACCGAGAACCGAACUUACCAAGCAUCCUCUGCGGCUUUCAGAUAUACUGCGGGGACACCAUACAAGGUCCCACCGACCCAGAGUAAUACUGCUCCGCCCCCCUACUCCCCAUCACCCAACCCCUAUCAGACGGCCAUGUAUCCCAUCAGAAGUGCCUACCCCCAGCAGAAUCUGUAUGCCCAGGGAGCCUACUACACACAGCCGGUGUACGCUGCCCAGCCCCAUGUCAUCCACCACACCACGGUCGUCCAGCCCAACAGCAUUCCCUCUGCCAUCUACCCGGCGCCUGUCGCUGCUCCCAGGACCAAUGGUGUGGCCAUGGGCAUGGUGGCCGGCACCACCAUGGCAAUGUCAGCAGGUACCCUGCUGACUGCACCCCAGCACACCGCGAUUGGGGCGCACCCUGUCUCCAUGCCAGCAUACAGGGCCCAAGGGACCCCUGCAUACAGCUAUGUGCCCCCGCACUGGUAAAGCCUGCAUCCCAUCCAAAUCUGGAGUCACACAUUGUAUGCAACUACUCAAGUCUUACACAGGUGCUGGAGCAGCUCCCUAGCAGCACCACCUCUAUUUGCAAGAAGAGACAACGGAAGUGCAAGGGUCACUUUAUGCAUCUUUAACGGUUUUGGUUUUUAUUUUCGGUUUUUGUAAAAGCUGCUUUUUCUAAUCUCCUGCCUCUCCCCACUGUCCCCCUUUUAGCCACUGCCCUUCCAGCUCUAGCCCUCCUCCUACCUGACCAGGCACAUCCUCUCUGCUCUUCUUUUCUUCCCCAAGAAUCCAGUCCCGGGAGCCUAGUCUAGCAGCAGUCAGAGAGUGGGGUCUGUUGCAGUGGUUCAGCUGAACGCGCAAUUUCCUUUGAAGAGCAUGAGAGAUGUGAUCCUCAGGUCCAGGGUAGGAACUCAGAGCUGUUGAGCAGGCCACAUCUCUGGGGGAUUGUUUCUUUUUUGAUUUUCCUCAAGCAGGAUUAGUUUAAGACAUUACCAUGUCCUGACACAAAUGAAAUCUCCUCUGAGAACCAUCGCAACAGACCAAGAACAAAACCACCUGAUUAGGUAGGAGUGUUCAUAGCAGCUUAAUAAUACCCCAGAUCAGAACCUGGGAAAACCAGAUUCUUUCUUUGGGAGAACUUGGGGGAGGGGUGGGGGAGGGCACUAUGGAAAGGAAGAGGGAAGAGGGUCAAGAGGCGCUUGCCUGCUGGCUUUGGUUGGUAAGGUCUCUGGCCAAAUUGUCUGGGCCUGGACCCUCUAACUUGCACAGUGAUGUUAACUGACUUGGCACUUCCUCAGAAGGUGAUUUUGACCUCAGACCUACCAAGCAGCUGCAGGGUGGUGGGAUCCCAGCCUCCCAAAGCCUUGGAAGGCCAGGUGUCCUGUGUAAUCCAGACCUUGGCCCCUGGGCCCUCAUGGAUCCACUCUAAUGAGGAGCUUGCUCCUGAUUAGAGUGGAAACCUAUGGCAUUUCUCUCCCUUCCCUUUGCCCUUCCCACUGCCAGGGCUCACCUGUCUGUCCAUGGCGCUGGCAGACAGGCCAAGUUCUUGGUUACCUUGUGCCAUUCAUGGCCACAGUGAAGGAACCACAUUCCAGGCGGGUGCUGGCAGCUCUGAAGGUCAGGAUAGUGAAGGAAAAGCAAUAGCAAUAAACACUUCAUAGACUCAUGGAACUGAAGGGACCUUAGCAACCAUCUCAUCCAUUCCCCUGUUUGACAGAUGAGGAAGCUGAGGCCCAGAGAAGCGGAAAGGACUUCCCUAGACCUUGCAGUAAAUCAGCAUUAAAUGCAGCCUUCCUGCCUGGGGCAUGUUGCCCAUGAAAAUUUACCUAGGGAUGGAUUGGCUUGGUUUUGUAAAAAUGAAGUCAGCAGUGCCCACACCUGGUGAGCUCGGGAACAGUCUCUGGGCUUUUGUUUCUGCUCUUUCCCUCCAUGGAUUCCAAAGGCAGGGAUUGAAGACUGGGCAGAGGUGACAUGGGGGCAGAUGGCAGGAACAGAAAUUGCAAAUGAAGAAAUAGCGUUUGGAAAUUCUGUGAAGACAUCUGGAACUCUCAUCCUAUACCUGACUCCAGCCCUAGGGAUGGCUGAAAAGGAGUCCAUGCUUUUAAGACAGUAGCCCCUCAUCCUGAGAGGAGAGGAGGAGGAGACACGGGCUCUCCUGGGAGAAGAGGGACGCACUGGUCUCAGCCAGGAGCCCGGUAGUCUAGCACUGUCCCCCUACUCCCAGCACUUGGCUGGGCCAGCAGCCCCUUUGGGGAUGCGGGGAGAGGAACAUUUUACUGUACAGAAUGGAAUCAUUGAUAACAUUUAUAACUUUUAAAUAACUCUCUUCAUUUGAAAUUCAUGCAUACUUGGACAUAAUCCCUACCCCUACCUGCCGUGUCUCCCUAAAGGAGGAGAAAAUCAGGAAGCCCUUGGGCCAGAAGGACCUCAGAGGCUAUCUGGCUGUUCCCAGGAGGGCAAAGCCCAGCAGCAUCCUCAACCCAGAGCCAGGAGUUGAGGGCCCACCUUCUUGGCUUUCCAGGGAAAUGCAGCACUGGUAAGGAGAAGCCCAGCUGUCCUAAAUUAAAUGGUCUGUUCUGGGGUGCUGAAGAGGUUUCAUUUUAAAACAAUAGGAAGUUUUCCAGUGUUAAUCCAUUUUUUGCAAAUACCUCCUCCUACUCUCUGGUUUUCUAAGGGUGGGUGAAGGUUGUUUUAGAUUAUGUCAUACAUGUUUAGAAAAUGCCAAAAUAAUAAUAAUGAUUAUAAUAAUAAUAGGAAACCUUUGCAUUUGUCAGGUGCCUCAUAGACUUCAGAGCACUUCACAGCCUUUAAUUUACUGGCCGAGAGAAAGGGUCAGAGUUAUUACACCCAUUUGACAAAUGAGGAAACUGGUUCUAAAAGGAAAGGGAACUUGCCCAAAGUGAGCAGAAUGCUGGUAUCCUGACAAGCUUCCCUGAACCCUGCUGCCUCCAGAUGGGCUAGGGUAGGACCACAGAGAGAAGGAAAAAGGGAGGAGAUCUAGGAAUGACCUUUUUAUUUUUGUUCAUUCUACACCAGUAAGUAAAAACUAACAUCUAGUACCUGACAGUUCACAAAGCAGUUUCAUAUCCAUCAUCUGGUUUAACCCUGUGAAAUAGAUUAUUCUCUCAUUUGAUCCAUGAGGAAACUGAGACUUGGAAAAGCAAAGUGACUUGCUCAUAAGUGGCAGAGCCAUUUGAAUCCCAGCCUGCUGCCUCUGUCCCUGCACUCUGAAUCCACACACGGCUCAUGGACAGAAACAUCAAUGCUCAGUACCCUCUCUUAGCCCUAGUAUGUAAUUCAAGAUCAAAGACAGGCCCCAAGGCAAAAACAAGGUGUGAAAAGGCUGUGGUCUGGAAGAGCCCAGGCCCAGCGCCCCUUUUUCAGCCUGAGCCACUGGAGUCCCAGUUCAGCUGGCCUCACCCUUUUUGCUUUGACAGAGAUCCACAAGCCUGGCCAAGCUUGGGGAGUCAUUGCAGAGGGACUGAGCCCAGGAGAACAGGGGCAGUAGUGUGCCUGUGGUAGGAUGAGAGCACACCUGGUAGGAUCACAGGCGUCUGUUGGGAGGUACCAUGGGUGUUAUCCAAAGAUACUGGAUGGCCCAGUGGUCAAGCUGGACAGAGGUCAGAGCUGGAAGGGCCCUGCCAUUGUAGGAAGGCCAGCAAGCCAGAAAGGACAAGGGGUGUGCCCACAUACAUAGCAAGCUACAGCGUGGCACCAGCAAAGCCCUCUCUCCACCCCACUCCACUGCCUCUCCCUAGUACCACAGGCUUGGUGGCCAGGGUCAGGGGUACAGGUGGUUCCAGUCACCAGCCAACCCCCUUGGCUUCUGCCACUUCUACCUGGCUCCUUCUCAUUAGCCUGGGGUCUAGGAAGCUGGAGUCUGGAGUGCCCCCAAGUGGUUAAGAGCCUGGAAUUUAUCUUUCUGCCGCGUUCUGGAAAAAUGUAUUUAAUUUCUUCCCCAUGAGACAGGGCAGUUGCUGCUGUUCCUCUUUCUCUCCUGGCAGUGACCCAAAAGUACGUAUCCCACUCCUGUAUCUUGAAAAAGGACACUCGCACCUGUCCAGAGUUUUCUGUCUGUGUACAAAGUACUUCAACAUUGAUUGCCAAAAAUCCCCAUUUUGUAGAUGGAAAAACUAAGUCUCAGAAGGCUUAAGAGACUUGCCAAAGGUCACACAGCUCAUAAGAGAAAGAGCCAAGAUUUGAACUGUUUAAAUCCUCUGCUUUCUGCUGGCACCUGCUGGGUCUGGGUGGCAGGCAUGCAGAAGGGAUGGGCUACCUAUCUGCCCCCAAACAGGAAGACCCCACGGAAACCUGGGGAGCUCAGUCCUGCCAACUGAGCAGAUUUUUAUGAGGAGCCCUGGGAGCCCAGAGGCAUAUCCAGAUGGCAGCACCCAGAGGAUGAGAAUUUGCAAGAAAAGGCUUAACUUGAGCAAAACAUUUUGGGGUCAUGAGGUUUAGGACUGAAGACAUGUUCAAGGGCAGCCCCAGGCACCUGUCCGUUGAAAGACCCAUGUCCCUGGGAAGCCUGCGUACCCUUACUUUCUGACCCUGGAGAGCCUGCCCACUGUCCAGACCUGGCGAGUUGGCACUUCCAGGGGACCUGGUGUAGCCCUGAAUGGCCAAAAGCACAUCUGACUCAAGUCUCUGGGCCUGUUUUUCCCCUGGGUGAGGACCAGGAUCUAGAGAGACACUGUGCAGUCCUUUCUCCCUGUCCCAACUCUGACCCUUGGGCACCCAAAGUGUUCCAAGUUUGAGGUAUCCCACUCCCAGAGAUCUGGGAGUGCUUCUUCGGAGAGGCUGGCUUUGUUCUGAGUAGGCUUCAGAAAUGAAUCACAUGGAGCAUAAAAGUAGUGCAGAUCCUCUGGUCACCAAGUUCUGGUGUCCUCACUGUACAGACAGGACUCUGGCUGAGUCAGGCCUGGAGCCCUGCAUAUCAGAUCCUCAGCUCUGCUCUGUGGCCAGAGAGGGAGGGCCUAGACGGCAUGGGUCUUGGAGUGCUCUUGGCCCCAGCACUGUGGUUGAAGCAGUCAUUUAGAUGUCACCAUGGCAUUUUCUCCUCAGUUGCUGUUGAGUGAAAGUAUGUGGAAGCUCUGCUUUUCCAUCCUGUAUUCCACAUCACAUAGGAUAUGUGGUCCCCAGCUGCUUGCCAAGCUUGGGAAUCCGGAGAGGGCAGGUGAGGAGGCUCCAUACUUGUGUCCAGCCCCAGGGGAAUCCAGGCCAGACCUACCUCCAAAAGCAGGAUCACAGCAGAGGAGACCCAGCCAGGCUAACAUCUAAUUCCACACCUGAGCCUCUGAGAGCUCAGCCUACUAUGGGUGUGCCAGGCUGGUGGCAGGAUCUGUCCUUUACCUGUCCAUGUUCCCUUCUCCUAGAUAACUUGUUUCUGAAAUUAGGCAUUACGUGGUUCUAGGGCCCAGCCUUUAAAAUUCCUGACAGGCCAGUUUCAACAUUCCAUAACCAACCUUGCCUGAGCCAGACUUGGGUCUCACUCCCUCACUUUCUCCAAUGGGUGUUUUCUAUCUUGCACGCUGUUGAGUCCAGCCCAGUGGUAGGUGAUUGGGGUUGGUUGUCACAGAGCCAGACAGGGAAACUAGAACUCUUGCUUCCCUGUGGCUGCAUGCGUAGUCCCUGGGUAUUCUUGCUGUGGCAGUGAGGCCCUGUACCCAGUCCAGCUCCUGGUAGAGGGGGUAUUUUCCUUUCUGAGGAGAACAGAUAUAACAGCCUUGCUGAUAAGUACCAGCCCAUAGGACUCAAAUGGGUGAAGUCAUCUUUGGGCCUGACCCCAGCAAGACCAGCAUCUCCAGGCUCCAGCCUUCCUCCUCAUGCCUGAGAGUCAGGGAAAGAGUGGGACUGCCCAAAGACCACCUUCUUGGGUCAGCCAGAUUAUCUGGAUCUGUGGUGGCACUCCAGCUCUUCCUUACCCAAGGGGAUGUAAGGCCAGGCCUCUAGCAAUGUGGAGUUGUCUGUAGUGACCUUUAAAGGCCCAAGGGCCUGUUCCCAUCUCCUAACUAAAAGGUAUCUUCAUCCCUGUUCAUGUCACACGACAGAGAAAACUUGUUCUCAUGACAUGUACCAUCCCUGUGAGAGAGCGUUGUAUAUGAUUUUGUAUUUUUUAAUUCAUUUUAAUCUACAGGUUGGAAUCUAAUUUUUAAAUUUUAUUGGAACUCACAUUUUAAAAAGAAAAACAUUUAAAAUAAUAAUAAUAAACAUUUGACCAGUGUCUUCCAAGUAGUUUGAUCAAAGAACUUAUAGGUGUUUUCAAAACACAGCCUGGAGUGUAAAGAUUGGAAAGCCCCAUGGCCUCGCUUGUGUGUAUGAAGUGUAAAUCUGGUUUUGUUUUGUUGUUUUGGAUUCUUUUGGGUUUUUGUUUCAUUUUGUUUUGAAGAUCAGAUAGUGAUCACUCUGAAAGAUUGAAGCCAAGAAUUUGUAACUAUGAUAUUUACUGUAAGCUGUAGAACAUUCAAUAACUAUUAAAAAAAUUUCCAAAAAACGUCUGGGGUGACCAGACUGGUGGUUCUUGGGGGAGGGGGACACAGACACCUCCUGGGCCAGUGAGAGUCCCCUGGGUUUCUUCCCAAGUUGAUCCUAAACUUGUUUUCACCAGUCAGGUAACACCUACGCUGCAUCUCCGGGGAGGCCCUGGGACUCACAGUUGGGCCUGGGAAGUGGCCGUCGGCACCUGGACUAAGGUGUGUGAUACCGAGUGCCCACCAUGUGGCCAGCACUGUGCUUUAUGCUUCGCAACUCAUAAUCCUCACAGCAGGAUGGGAGGUGAGCCCUGUUGUUAGCCCUGUCCUUGGUAGUGGGCAGCUAAGGAGGGUUAAGUAAGUACCUCAACCAAGGUUACAGAGCUAGUGAGGGGCGGAGUUGGAACUUACACUUGGUUUGGCUCCAAAGCCCAGGCACCAAGCCCCAAGCCCCACAUUCUCCUGCCCACCCUGGAGGAGGCAAUGCCUGUAACUCACUUCAAGGGUAAAUUGGUCAGGUGGGAAACCAAGGGAAGGGCUUAGUGUGGUUUGUAGUCCCAGAAGGACAGUUGAAGGCAGUCAUAUGGUCUCCAUCCAAAUGGUCAUCAAGUGCUGUCAGUUUUAUUUACAUCCUAAACAUCUCUCUCUUGUCCAGGCCUGGGCUUCUCUCCCUGGUUAUCACAGCCACCAUCCCAUCCUAGGGCCUGGCCCCUGCAGUCCACGCUCUCCCAGCCUCCAGGUAUUCAGCUUCCUCAAAUGGAGAGAAUACUUGAGGCCCAAAGAGGCUAAGUGACCUGGCUGUAACUAACACUCAGGACUCCUGACACUCGAGCCCUUUCCACCAAACCGUACCCUGGGCCUCCAUAAUGCCUUCCCCAGUUUCCUCUCCUGUCCUCACCUGACAUGAAACUUAUUCUCCCUCCCUUGCGAUGGCAGAAAGCGCUGUCGGGUGUGGUAGGGGAGGGCCUUGCUGGGCUCUCUUCCCCUGCACAGGAAAGGGAUUUUUCCCAGGGACUCAGCUCCAGGUCAGUGGCAGGGCUGGGGGCCAGGAGCAGGUGGAAGGCAGAGACCGGGGCCCCAGCACCGACCAUUCUGGCCCAUGGAGGAGGGGUUAUGGAGUGAGAGAGGGCAGUCUCAGAACUGUCCUCAGUGGUUGGCCCAGGGCCCCACUGUGUCCUCCAGCUCCCAGCCCUGCCAACAGCCUGGGCCUACCUUGCUCAAGAGCAGGAUUUAGAGCCAAGAAAGCUUCCACGUGAGGGUGGGGGCCCUAAAAGCCAAGGGUAUCAGACACACCCCUACCUGAUCCCUCAGCAACUCAUCCCACUCUUUUGGGAGCUGGCCUCAGUAUCCUCCAGGGACAAGAGACUGGGGCCAGGGCUAUUCUUUCUCUUACCUUCCAGCAAGCAGGAAAUUGGGGUGGUGGGAGUGGUCUGGAGGGGAGCAGUGCUUAUUACCCCAGGGCCCAGCACUGAGAUGGGGUGUGCGUUACCUAACCCGGGAAGCCCAGACCCAGCCUCAGCCUCCACCGUCGCUGGCAUCUGUAUGUGCCUCACCCCAGGCAAGAGGGCAUCCAGAGACCAGAGUCCAACUUCCCCCUGGGAAAGGAGGCCAGAGAGUGGGAGGGCUCAGCCUCCCACCCCUUUCCCCCAGGGCACUGUCUCGUCCUCAUCUCAAUGUGUCACGCAAGUCCUCGGUGAAGUGGGGUUGGUUGGCUGAGGGGACAGCCAAGUUUGAGAAGCCACACCCUGAGGUGCAGCUGAACAGCUGGCGAGUAGGGACACCAGUCGCACCAUGGCGGCCCCAGGGAACAUUCCCCGGGGUGCACUCGUGAUGCCCACUGGUCCCCUACAACAGACACCCUGUCCUAGACUUUGGCAACCUUUGUUGCUCCAGAAAAUUCCUCCUGAUGUCCAGCCUGUCUCCUUCCCUCCCCUCUCCUAGAGCAGGUGAUGCUUUGCCUCCUGGGUCCUCAGAGGUGCCCUCCCUUUCCGUCCCACCUGAGAAGCCCCAGAGAGAGAAGCCUGUGCCCUAAGAGAGGUGAGAGAAAGGGAGAGGUCGAAUCUCAAAGCUCAGCCUCCCCUCAGGCGGGGAUUUUUCUCUGAAGCUGCUAGGCCGGCCCCUUGUCAUGGCUUCUGCCCUGUGUGAAGCCUGGGCCUCCCGCAGGGUGUCCCUUUCCACACCUCCCCAGGCUCCAUG